AUUUAUUUAACCAUGAAACCGUUUAAUGGUACCUAGGUACCUAGUGCUUUUCCGUUUUGAAUAUAUUUUUAUUAUUUACUGUGUUUGUGUGUUAAUUCAUAAAUUAAACUCAUCUGUUUUAAAAUGUUCAAACGAAUUUCGGUUUGCGGUUUUCAUAGUUAUAAGGGCUUUUAAAGUUGAAGGUACCUGUUUUGUAAGGUACCUGUCGUUUCCGAUGGUGCACCUGUUCUGAAGUGAUUUAAUUGAUUUGUUAUUAUUAGUUAUUGAAAAUGGAUUAUUUAGGAUGGACCAAAAUUGAAAGUGAAAAUGGUUUUUCGUAUUAUUUCAACAAAACGACUGGUAUCAAGCAAUGGGAUCAUCCAAGAUUUAGAGAAAUUGGACAACGUCUAGAUGACUGCAAUUAUGUCAAAUACUCAAUAUAUAGAGUGGCACUAAAAUUUAGAACUCUUCAAAAUGCAUUAUACAUUGAUGACGUGCCAUUACAAAUUAUAUCCGGUGUUUUUGAAAAACACAGACUUGGUGCCAAUGAAAGUUCUCUGUGCCUAGAAAGUUGUGAACUUGAAGCAGUUUUGUACGAUAUAUACUUCGCUUCCAAUAAGAAAAGUAAUUCUAAUAUCGAUGUUGACUUAGCUACUGAGCUUAUGUUAAAUUUCUUAUAUAACGUAUUUGAUCCAGAUAGGAAAGGAAAGAUACAAGUCUUUUCAACGAAAGUUAUUUUAGCCAUUUUAAGCAAUAGCGAUGUAAAAGAAAUGUAUCGAUAUAUAUUCUUAGAAUGUUCUGAUCACAAUAACUGCAUUACACGACCACGACUGCACUGUUUUUUAUCAAAAAUAAUUGAAGUUAUGUCAUAUUUACACGAAGAUUCGAGUUAUGGACCAAAGUUACUUAAAAUGGCUGUAGAAAAUUGCUUCUUAAAUUCUCCUGGUUUUGUGGGUAUAAACGAGACUAUGUUUAUAUCUUGGGUGGAACUAAAUCCGAAAAUUAUAACUUGGAUUUCUAUACUCCACAGGAUCCGAAUUUCAGAAUCCGUUAUUCAUAUGGUAAAAUGUAAAUCCUGCAAAACUACUCCGAUAAUGGGAUUGUGCUACAAAUGUACAAAAUGUAUACGUUACACGCAAUGCCAGAGGUGUUUCUUCACAGGAAAGAUAAACAACUCUCACAGACUUUCUCAUGCUGUACGGGAAUAUUGCACUUCACUGGACAACACCCACAUUACUAUAAAGAUGCUAAAAAAGAUCGUCGGUGUCUUACAUUGCAAGAAUGAGAAAGACGACUCUGUGAUAGUGGAUACAAAACAAUUUCAAAUUGAUAAACAUUGUGUGGUAUUUAGUAAUGGUAAGGAAUCGAAUGAUAUAAAACCCAUGUCUUCGCCUAAGACUCAACUAAGGCUCGUGAUAAAAAAGCUGGAAAUGCAAACCAAAGAACUACAUCAGUUUUUGGUUUCGGCAAAUUUAAAAGAAAAGGAUAUUUUAAGGUAUUUGGAAGAGCACCGAGGACACAUAGCUGCUCAAGUUGAUAGAUUGAAGCUAUUAAAAGAUUGUAUUUCAUCUAAUUAUCAGUCACCCCACGCUGAAGUCAGAAAAUCUUCCAGGAAACGGCUAAUGGAAUCAACACCGCUAACGACAAAUAAUUACAAGACUAACAGAAGUGAAACUAAAAGUCUGGACAUGCUAAGUCCAAUUAUAUCGUCUGGUGAACUUGAAUUUGAUUUCGACGACAAAUAUGGCAAAGAGUCUGAAGACCAGGAAACCAGCGGCACAAGUGGGAUUUUCAUGGAAGAAAAUGGAACAGUUUCAUAUAAUAUAGACGAUAUCAGCACUUGGAUAGGAGGUUACCCAACAAAUUCAACAACCUCUUCAAACGCCACCAGUACGGACCUAGCGACACGAGCCAAAGCAACUUCCAAAGUGUUCCACAAUGAGCUCGACGAAGCUUUAGCUCAGUUACAACAGAUUUUGGCCAACAACAUCGGUUUGGAAGAUUCUUUGAGCCACAUUGACAAUACGCAUUUGAAGUUUGCCAUGUCGGAAGUCGAAGGUAUGUUAACAUCUUUCAUCGACACCGUCGAAAACAGCAGAUCCAGCUCUGUUAGAUCAAAGAAAACGACGGAUGAAGAGAAUAUUACCCAACUGUAAAGUAUUUUAAAAGUGUAAGAGUAAAUUGUUUUUAUAAAUUGUGUUCAGAGAGGUAAGAAUUUACUAGUAGUUUUAUACAAAAGGGCAAAAGUAACGGUUAAUGUUUUGGCAUCAAACGUUCAUUUUCCAUUCAUCUCUUUCACUCUUAUGGACGUACCCAUGCAGGAAAUUCACGUUUUUGAUGCCGCUACUCAUUUUUGAUUAAAUAAUUUGAAAUUAGAUUCAAAUUAAAAAGAAAACAAUCUACGACUAUGUUUUUUUUUUUCGUGAUUUGUAAAGGAUGUAUUUUUUAAGUUAAAUUGGUUGUUUUACACAGGUCAUAAGUCCCAAAAUAUUCGAGUUUGAGAAGGCAGUGAUUUAUGAUUUUUUAAAGAGAUUUAGAUUGGUUAGUGCAGAUGUUUUUAAAAUAAUUAAAAACAGUACAUCAUGAUUAAAAAGAGCGAGAGUUGAAAAUAUUUAAGAGCGUCUACCUCUUUGUAAGCAGAAUUCAAAACAACAAGGCAAUGUGUACUAGUUGUUUAGAACAUGAUUAAGAACAGCAAGUGCACUUACCCUAGAAUUACCUGUUUAAUUAGGACCAGCUAGUUAAAAUAAAAGUAUUAACAGCUUGAACUCACGGGUUCUUAUAUACCUAACUGAUCUAAAAAAUUUCAAAAUUAAAUAAAAGUGCUUGAUUUCAAAUAUUUUGCAACUCAUGUUCUUUGUAAAGUCACUGAUUUAGGUGACCCAUAUUAAGGAAAGGCAUCAACUUAUAAUUUCCGAUUAGUGUUUGUUUAAACUUCAGAAUGUUUGAAAUAAUAUUGACAAAAAUCGACAGGGAUAUGGGAACGUUCAAUUUUCAAUUGGUUCCAAGAGAUGGCAGUGAUAGUUGAACUAGAUUAACUUAGUGUUUCAUAAUGAUUUAAAUAUUAAUUUUAUCCAUUAAAUAUUUUGAUUGCUAAAAACGAAACUGUUUAUAAAACAUUCUGCCGGUAAUAUCACGUGGUGUUGUGCGAUAUCCAAAAAUAGGGAAAAUGAAAUCUCGAAAUUAAAAAUUAUGAAAUUUUCAAUCUGUGUAUGUUAUUUUAAUUUUUAACUGAAUCUAUCAAUUUUGGAUU